GUGUGUGUGUGUUCGACAUAUAAUUUAUAAUUAAAUAAUUAAAAAGUGUUUUCGAUGGGAAGACGAAAACAAUAUAGAAUAAGAAUACAGUACAAAUUAAAUAGAAGAAAUGCUUCCUCGUUAUCAUUUCUAUUUGAGUUUGGCUUUUUUAUUUAAUGCAGAAAGUGUUUAGUUUGGUGACUUCUCUUUCGACUAAAUAUUAAAUAAGUCUGUGCAAACAUCAUUCUUUUCCGGAUCGAUUCGAACUCGAAUCAUUUAUUAUUUGAGCUCGGAUCGAUUCAUUUGUAUCAUUCGAAAAAUGUGUGAGCUCGUUUUUGUGGGGAAAGGACUUAGUAAUGUAAACUAUUAGAAUGCGAUGAGUGUUUUUCCAAACUAAAUUAGAAUUUAAAAAUUAAUAUAGUACACUCGUUUGUAGUAUUGUAUUUUUAAUAAAAUCACCAAAAAGUGUUUUUUUCUAAAGCUUUCACUAAAUUACUAAAUUAAAUAUAAAAUCGCCUGAUCUGGUAAAAUUUCUGCAGACCUAGCAACGUUAAUUAAUGGCGCUCUAGCGGGGACUGUGUUUCCGAGUCCUAAAACCUUUUCUACUAUAAAUCCCCCAAAAUUCUCCAGUAAAUUUCGAAAUCCUCUCCCUCUAUUGUCCACGUUUAAAAGCCACGGACUUUAUUACACAACUAUUCGGCGGAAUAACGUUUUUCACUUUCCAUUAUUAGCCUAAUUGCAAUAUUACAUGUAUAUUGCGUGUACGUGUUUAUAUACGUAUUUAAAAAGUGGUAUUUACAUAUUUAGCCUGUGUGACGUUCGCGCGGAUUAGACUGAGCUGAAUUCCCAGGCCAUGGAUUUUCGGGUCUUUCACCACUAACGAAUAUGUUACGACCGUAGUUGUAAAUGUACUCGUUCUAAGGACGUUGUUUCCGCCCUUGUAUUCUCUGUAACUGUUUACUAUUGUGCAACUGUACAUAUAUUUAAAAUAAUAGUAAAUCGGUAAAGAGAACGUGACUACCCGAACGUAGCGUAACCAGAUCCUUAAAUUGUAAUAUGAAUCACUACACAUUUUAAUAAACUUUGGCUUUUAAUACUUACCUAAUAAAUUAUAAAGAAAUAUAUAUAUAAAUCGCAAACGUACACUAUCCAAAACCACACCGAGAAUACACCGAGUUUUGACCCUUUAAUUGAGGCUACUACCUCAGUAAAUUAUGUAAAAGACAAAAUGUCUACUGAAGAUUGGAUAAUAUUAUAAAAAUAAAUAAGUGUUUUAGAUUAGUUCCUGGUAUAAAAAUGGAUAAGUGAAGACCCCGUUUUGGAUAGCCUACAUUUUUGAUUUUAAUAAACUUUAAUGUCUUGUAUUAUUACUUUUUUAAAUAUACAUAAAUUAAGUCAGUAGUUAACUCCACAAUUUAAUUAUUUUUCGUAUUUUUUAGUAAUUUUGUUUUCUCAUUACAAAAGGGAAUCUCCCCGAUUAUCCCAGUCGAUAGUUUCUCCGAAUCUCCUACCCUCUUCCUGUCUUUAUUCUCGAUAAUAAACGGGAUAGACACGUGUUAUCGUGGUCUUCGAUUAUUAUAAAUAUUAGGAUAUUAUUCUUCUUCUAAAUCUUUAAUUCAUUUGAUUUUGAGUUUGUUUACGAAGAUAGGAACGAACACCUUAAUUCAUAAAAUUUGUGACGAUGGUCUUUGAGAAUCUCUAAUUCAGCGCAGCCAUUUUGAAAGGAAAAUGAACUAAACACUCGAAAUAAGGUCAUUAGAAUGAUUAAUGUUUAUUUGUUUUAUAAUAAACAGAGUCGAAGUUAUUAAAAAUUGUAAAAUUUUUUGAAAUUCUGGAUACGAGAAAGAUACAGAGAAGGAACGAGUAUUGUUUUUACAAACAGUUCUGAGAAGUGAGAUCUCGAGUUAAUUCAAAAUGAGUUUUUGGAAUUCCAUUAUCGUCAUUUCGAUUCUAAUUGGGGUAUCUCAGGAAAUAAAUAUUUCUUACAAAGAAUUAGUAUCGCUGAACGCCGAUUGCUACCCUUUCGAUACGUGCAACACAACAGAAUUUAUCCCAGCUUCAACAAGAAGUUGCCAAUGCGACGAUUCGUGUGCCUUCUACAGAGAUUGCUGCUUAGAUGCUUCCAGUCGCCAUACCACCAAAAAGAUACAAACCCAUAACUACGAAUGCUUGCCAGUGGACGAGUUUGAAGCUUAUUUUGUAGUUUCCACUUGUAAAAGUAAGCGGGCAGACUCGGCGACGAAAAGAAGAUGCGAAGAAGAUCCAACUGCUGAAGAUCCAUACACUUUGAUACCAGUGAUGAGUCGAGGGAGUAAAACGGUGUACAGAAAUCGUUACUGUGCCAGUUGCAACGAAGAUAGCAAAUAUUUGAAUUUCUGGAGUAUUGGGGUAACGUGUUCGCGAUGGUAUAACGAUAUAAUCGACGAUAUUCAACGUAAUCUUGUGUAUGACUUUAAACUAAGAAUUUGGGGAAUACGUUUACCUAAUCAAACAUUUGUAGAUUGUAUUAUGAAUGCAGUCGCACCAGAAAAUAAACAGUUCCUGAGACCUUGUUAUCCGGAUAUGAUAUCGGCUUGUCCGUCUAAAUGGAAGGAUUACUCGAUUAGAAAAAAAUGUAAUUCGUAUACGGCAGUUAUUUAUGGAUACGAUGGUAUCUAUAAAAACGUUCAUUGCGCUAUUUGUAAUGGAAUUGAUAUGGAAAGGUACCAUUGCUCGGAUGUCAUUCCGUACAGUUCCGGUGUCGGUUUUCAGAAUAUAUUUGAUGUGGGGAAUGAUACGUGUGAAGAGGGAGAGGUUUGGGAUGAAUCCUUCGAAAAAUGUCGUAAAUUUACUUGUGGCUUACCUUUUCUUAAACUUGUAAAUGGUGUUUGCGUUCCGAAGUCGUAAAUGUAUAAAGUAAAUACUUAAUAGUAAUUAAUUUUAUAAUUAAAUGAAACUGUUACAGAAUUUAAACUCGACAUUUUUAUUGAUAACAAUAGAUAAUUGUAUUACAGUAAAGAAACAUUUAGUGUUAAUGUUUUCAUAUUUGUUUUAUGUAAAUGGUCUACAGAAAUAAAA